ACAAAUUGUCAGUGUUAGCGAAAAGCUGUGCUUUCAUUCUUAUCGCAUUGUAUCGCAUACUCUGUAAUCGAUUCAAGAAAUGGAGUUCAUUCGUCUCUGUGGAGUAACGUAACGUUUGAGCGUCUCUGUAGUUUCUUUCUGGCCAAUUCUUCCAUUGCUCUCUGCAUAUCUGUUAAAGGAGUAACUUAACAUUUCAGAGUCUCUUUGAAAUAAUGGAUGACUACUUGUUUCUUUCUCGCCAAUACAAUAUGCUUUCUCAAAUUAUGCUGAUACUCACUAAUUUUAUGAAGGUUUAAGGAAGUAGUAUAUGCUGGAAUAAAUUGAUGGAGUGUCUGUUUGGUUUUGCAUCUUCUGUUUCAAGAGAUUUAGUGUGUGGAGCAUUAAAUCAAUUACGUUAUCCUUGUUGCUUUAAAAAUUUCGUCAAAAGACUUCAAGAAGAAGAGAGCAAUUUGAUUAUAACGAGAGAUAGUGUCCAAAAAUUCGUUACCCAUGGCAAGAAGCAAGCGAGAAAGCCCAAUGAAAUUGUGGACAAGUGGCUGGAAGAUGCCAUCAAUGAUGUUCACAAUGUGAAUCAGUUGCUGGAAGAAGCAAGAACAAAAAAACAUUGUUGCUUUGGGCACUGUCCAAAUUGGAUUUGGCGAUACCAUGUUGGAAAAAAUUUAGCAAAUAAAACUAUGGACCUCGAAAAGUUCAUUGAAAAGGGUAGAAAAUAUGUGCCUUUUGACCGCAUCGCUACGCUUCCUUCAAACACCCUUGAUAUGCUUUUAGAGAAAUGCAUGAAUUUUGAGAGUAGACAAACUGCAUACGAGCAACUACUGGAUGCAGUGAAAAGUAAUGAUGUUUCCAUGAUUGGGUUGUAUGGAAUGGGGGGUUGUGGUAAAACCACAUUAGCAAUGGAGGUUAGGAAAUUAGUAGAAUCAGAGCAUCUUUUUGAAAAAGUUCUUUUUGUACCUGUUUCUAGUACGGUAGAAAUACGGAGGAUUCAAGAAAAAAUAGCAAGUUCACUACAAUUUGAAUUUCCAGAAACCGAAGAAAUGCAGAGAGCCCAAAGAUUGUGCUCAAGAUUAACUCAAGAAAAAAGUGUUCUUUUAAUUCUAGAUGAUGUGUGGGAGAAGCUUGACUUUGGUCAUAUUGGGAUUCCUUCUUCUGAACACCAUAAAGGAUUCAAGAUUCUCAUUACCAGUAGAUCAGAAGCAGUUUGUACUUUAAUGGAUUGUCAAAGAAAUAUUUACUUGCCAAUUUUAACGGAUGAAGAAGCAUGGACUCUUUUCCAAAAUAAAGCACUUAUAUCAGAAGCCACCCCUCAUACCUUAAAGAAUCUGGGAAGAUUAAUUUCCGAUGAAUGUAAAGGAUUGCCGGUUGCCAUUUCAGCAGUUGCUUGUAGUUUGAAGGGAAAAGUUGAGACGGAAUGGAGGGUUGCAUUGAAUAAAUUGAGACAUUCUAAGCCAAUAAAUAUUGAAAGAGGUUUGAUUGAUCCCUACAAGUGUCUACAACUGAGCUAUGAUAAUUUAGAUACUAAAGAAGCUAAAUCACUUUUCCGGUUAUGCUCUGUGUUUCCUGAAGAUUCUGAAAUUCAAGUUGAAGUUUUAACCAGAUGUGCAAUAGGGUUAGGUGUAGUUGGAGAAGUUGACUCAUAUGAAGAGGCAAGGAGUGAAGUGAUUGCAGCUAAAAUUAAGCUUGUUAGUUGUUGUUUGUUGUUGGAUACAGAUUAUGAAGGUGUCAAAAUGCAUGACAUAGUUCGUGAUGUGGCCCACAUAAUAGCAAAAAAUGAGAAUAAGAUGAUAAAGUGUGAAGUGGAGAAAGAUGUUAGAGUCGAACAAAAUUCUGUAAGAUAUCUUUGGUGUGCGAAAUUUCCUAAUGAUUUGGAUUGCUCCAAUCUUGAGUUUUUAUGCUUACGGACAAAGAUGAAAGGAUUUGAUGAAAUUUUCAAAAGAAUGGGAAGGCUCAAAGUUUUGAUUUUUAUCAACGAUGAGGAUGGAAAAACACCAUUGUCAACAAUAUCUUUCAAAACAUUAACAAAUCUUCGUUAUUUAUUCAUUAAGAAUUAUGAAUUGAGCGACUUCUCAUUUUUUGGCGGUAUGAAGAAUCUUCAAAGUCUAAAGUUACAUGGUUGUUCACUGCCUGCAUUUCCUGAAGCAAUUACACUAAAAUUGUUAGAGUUGAAAAAAUGUGAUAUUAAAGUGAAGAAUUUUGAAGUGAUGAAGAGAAUCCCGCAUUUGGAAGAGUUGUACAUUAUUGAUAUUGAAGGAGAAUGGUGGGAUGCUAACAGCGAAGACAAUAUUGAAUUCUUUAAGACGUUUAGCAUUCCCGAAACACUGCAAAGGUAUGGAAUUGUAUUAGGGUCUUAUAAUUUUGAUCAUUAUAAUAAUGAUAGAGAUAUUUACAUUCAUGGAAGAACUUUAUUACUUAACCAUUUUGACAUAUCAAAUGAGGUAAUGAAGGGUUUGGCAAAAAAUGCAAAGGAUCUAUUUGUAGGAAAUAUUCAUGGAGGCGCAAAAAAUAUGAUCCCUGAUAUAUUUCAAAUUGAAGGAGGUGGUUUGAAUGAGUUGAAUAUGUUGGUGAUACGUGAUUCUGAAGAGUUAGAAUGUUUGAUUGACACUCAUAGUCACUCGAGUGAGGUCGUAACUCUAUUUUCCAAGUUGCAUACGUUGAAAAUCCUUAACAUGGAAAAUCUAAAAGCUAUAUGGCAUUGUUUUCUUCCUGCUAAUGGACCUUUUGAGAACUUAGAGAAGUUGUAUUUAAGUGAUUGUCCAUGGUUGACAUUUCUCUUUACAUAUGUGGUUGCUCAAAAUUUGGUACAAUUGAAAAUAUUAAAAAUAUCAAGAUGUGAUGAACUGAAGCAUAUAUUGACAUAUGAUGAGAAAAGUGAAGAUGAAUUCAGCAGUGGGCAUCCUGUACAAAUCUUCCAAAAUCUUCAGGAAGUAGAGGUAUAUAGCUGUCGAGAAUUAAAACAUAUAUUCUUGGCCAACAUUGUAGGAGGCUUAACUCAAUUGAAAGUUCUCCUCAUUGAAGAAUGUGACAUGCUAGAUCAAAUAAUUGCAGAUAUUGUUCCAUUAAGGGACCAAGAUAGAAAAGAAGAACUUGAUGAAAUAAUUGAAAAAGGAACUCUAUCCAGCCUUGGAAGCCUUAAGAUAAAACGUUGUGGGAAGUUAGGCUCAAUUUUUACAGCAUCGAUAGCUAAGACCUUGACUUCUUUGGAAGAAUUGUUCAUAGAACACUGCAAAAGUUUGAAGGAUAUAGUAACUCACGAAAGGAUCAAUAAAAAUCAGGAGGAAAGCAUUGUUGAGGAUGACUAUGAUUGUCAGAGUGAUAUUUCAAUCUUCCAAAGUUUGAAAAAGCUACAUAUCAGUAAUUGUGACUUAUUGGAGGGUAUAUUCCCUGUUUCUUUUGUUGGAGAAUUGAAUGAUAUAACAAAUAAAGAGGCUGCUCAUUUGAAAGACUUCUCUAGUCCAAAUAAUACUCAAAUUGAGCUUCCUGCUUUACAAGUACUUGAACUUCAUUAUAUUCGGAACAGAACCAUUGUUGGUAGUUAUGAUGUGAUAUGUCCAUCUUUAAGAACACUAUCAUUGGAUAUUGGGAGAUAUGUUGUGUUUUUCAACAUAAAUUGUUCAACAGAUGCUUCAGAAGCUACAAAAAGGGAUUUUAUUGCAAUCAAGAUAUCGAACUCAGAUUUUGUUCCCCCGGUUGAAAGUGUCGAAUGUCUUUCAGAACUACCACAUGGUUUGAACUUGAUUAUGACACACAAUAUUAGAGAAAUUGAACUGAAAGGCUUUGAUAAGGCAAGUUACCUUUUUAAACUGUCCAUUGCUUCAUCAUUGAUGAUGUUGGAAAUUUUGAGAGUUAAGGAAUGUGAUGGACUUGAGUACAUUAUAGACACUGAUGAUGAUGAAUAUGGCAAAGACAAUAUGAAAGCUAUCUUUCCUAACUUAAAAGAACUCUCCUUGUAUGAGUGUUUCCAAUUGAAAUAUAUGUUUGGGAAAUAUCACGUAGCCAACAAGGAUUACAAGGAGAUUCAUAUUCAAUUCUCAGCAUUGGAAAUACUCUAUUUUCGUAAUCUACCAAAGUUUGUUAGCAUUUGUUCUACCAACAAUCUCAUUUUGACGUGGCCAUCUUUGAAGGACUUUGAGUGUAACGAAUGUUUCUAUCCAUUUUAUAGUUUUGUCAGUUGUUUGACGAUUCCUUCAAAUUCAAGAGAGCCUAUUAUCACAAGUACGAAGGAUCCGAAAGGGAUUCAGAACCAUCUCCCCACUUUGCAAACUCUAAACAUAAAGCAUUCUCGUGCAGAACGUAUUUUUUGUCUUAAUGAACAUGAAAUGAUUGGCCAACAAGUGAGUUUAAGGUUAGAGAAGUUGGACUUGUAUAAUCUACCUGAAAUGACUUAUAUUUGGGUGGGUCCCAACAAUUCACUUACUCUCCAACAUCUUACCACAUUAGAAAUAAGGGAUUGUGGAAAGUUGGAAGUAAUCUUUCCAAAGUCUGUUGUAAGAUGCUUACCAGAGUUGAAGAACGUAACCAUAAUAAGGUGCAUGGAAUUGAAGCAGAUCAUCGAAGAAGACGAGUCCAAUCCUCUUUCCAUAGAUGGAGACUCUGAAGAGGAGAUUAUUGGAUGUCAUAAAAAAGCUUCAAAGAAUUAUUUUGCCUUCCCAAAUCUUGAAGAACUAGAAAUAUUUGAAUGUGCAAAAUUGGAAGUAGUCUUUCCAAAGUCCGUUUUAAGAUGUUUACUAAAGUUGAAGAUUUUGAAGAUAAGCAAAUGCAAAGAAGUAAGACAAAUCAUUGAAAAGGAUGUGGAGGAUAAAAAUUUGUCUAACAUUCUUUCUCCUCGGCCAUGCUUCCCAAAACUAGAAGCAUUGCAGGUUGAUGAUUGCCACAAGUUGAAAAGAUUAUUUUGUGGAUCUGCUUCUAAUGACCUUCCCAAUCUUCAUCUUCUAGUCAUAAAUGGAGCCAAUGAACUAGAAGAGCUUGUUGGAUGUAAACAAGGAAAGAUUAAAGUUGAGCUUCCAAGACUCAAACUUCUAAUAUUUAUCCAUCUGGAAAACUUCAGUCAAGAGAUUGAUUUGCAUAAUUUGAAGAAUUGCAUUGUCUAUGAAUGUCCAAAACUCUCUUUGACUUCAACAACUACUCUUGAGAAGCUUUGUGAAGAUUUUCCUUCCGAAGAUUUCAUAAACACAGAACUUGGUAGUUGGGAAUUUGAACGCAUAGUAAGAAUUUCAACUAUUACCGAUAGCAGUGAGUUCACUUCAUCACAGGAGAUUGAGGACUUAGGAAACGAGAGCAUUAAAUCUUCAUCCACUGGAGUUGAAGACAUUGGCACUGGAGAUGCUGUUGCAACUCACAUUGAUUCCAAGGUAGUUGAACAAGAUGAUAAAUUGAAUGAAGGCAAGGCCGGAACAGUGGAAAGCCAAGUAGAAGAAGGGUUAAACCUUUUUCAUAAACAAGAGAGAAUAGAUGUUUUUCCUAACAACAAUAUUGACAUUUCUUCAGCUUCUGCAGAUAUCCGUACAAGAUUGGGAGCAUAUAAACAUUUUGUUGAUCUGGAUGAUGCACAGAUUUCUCUUCUGGUGGAGGCAAUUACAACAUAUCCUCAUCUCUGGAAUGCUCCCAAGAAGUUUAGUGAGCGCUUUCAAGCUUGGAGGUUCAAAAUUUUGGCAGAUAUGUUGUUGUUCCUUCAGAAGGAAAGUGUCCAUAGUGUUAUUCCUCAAAGACAAAAGGAGUUCGAUAGACUAUGUGAAGAAGCUAUUGAAAUUGGAUUUGAGAGUUCAUGGGUAGAGGAAAUGCGUCAACGUGUUGUAGCGAGGGAUUCUAAGCUAGGAGAGGACAUUGCUAAGAGACAAAUGGAUGAGAAUUCUAAGAGGUGUAGUAAAGGGGACAUGGUACCAGAUUCCCAGGCUGCUGAACGAGGUGAUGGGCCUAAGAUUAGCUUGGAAGAAGGUUCUGACUUGGUUGAUAAAGAAGCUGAAAUAGGUGUUGUUUCUAAUCACCACAUCGUUGCUAUGAGAAAUGAAGAAGCAAAGAAGGAAUUUGUUGCAGAAGUUUUCACUUCAGAAAUACCAAGAAUAGCAACAUCAUUAACAAACUCGCAAACAGUUGAAAAGCCAACACCCUCAAAUGAAUUGGUGGACACACAGCAGACUAGUGAACAGUGUCAGAUGAAGCAGAAAAAACCACUUGGUGAAAUUCCUAAGAGUAUUGAGCAAGUUGCUUUAGAGGAAACCAUAGCAAAGAACACCAAUAUGGCAGCUUCAUCAAUUCUUUCCGAAUCCGCCACCUCUAAGUUGGAUCCAACAGUUACUUUACUAAGUAAAUCAUAUCCAUAUCUUAGUGAAAUUAAGAGCAGCCAAAUUGAGGCACGCAUUGCUAAAGAAAGUGAAGGCCAUCCUAAAAUCAUUCAAGACUUUGGGGCCAAUGAUAUCACGAGUUUAUUUGCACCAGUUAUUGUGGGGAAAGAGGGUGAAGAUAAGCUAGUUGGAAAGACCCUUGCUGAGUUAGAAAAGUAUAUGAAGAUGUCUUUGAAGGAUAUAGUUAGCUCUGAGACUAACAGCCUUUGCCUUUUGUCUGCUCUUAAUUUCCUAUCCAACCUUCCUUUCAAAGAUGUCAAAGUAUCAGAUGGACUCAAACAUAUUAUAGACACUAUGCACCGACACUUCCCAAGCAUUUUAUGCUCCUUUAAGCAAGGCUUUGCCACCACUCACAAGUUGGCAGAACUUGAAGCUCGUGCGAAUGAGGUGACCAUUAAAAAGAAUUUAUAUGAUGAACUUCAACGGAAGGAAGUAGUUUUGAAGGAACAAAUCAUUAGGUUGAAGGAAGAAAUAAGAGUUUGUGAGGUUGCCUUAUCAUCCCUCGAGGAGGAAAAAAAUAAAUGCAUUGCGGAAACUGUAGAAUACAAAACGAAGCUUGAAAAUGCGAGGAAAGAGGAAUCUCAAAUGUUGGAGGUGGCUCAUAAAUGGUCAAUUCUGUGUAGUCAAUAUGAGCUCAAUCGGAUGGCUACUAUAAAUCCCUCGUGAGGGUUUUCGUUGUUCAUUAUUAUUAAGGUUAAUGUCUUUUUUUUUUUAGUGGUUUAUGCUUCAAUAAGGUAGCUUGGUCCUAAAUGAACUUAAUGUGCACCCAACCCAUCAACCAAUACCACUCAUCAUACAGUUUCAAUUUAGUUUCUAAAUUUCGAUGGUGCUAUUUUGUUGUAUGUUUGCUAUCUUAUUUGUUGUGUAAGAGGUUGUUCUUCUUAAAACAGACAAAACAAAGUGUUAUGAUAAAUGAAAAAACUAUUUGUUCUCUUAUGUAACUCAGUGAUCAAAUGCAUCUCAUUUUUUCUUCAAAAUUACAGAAACCAUUUU